AUGGAAGCACCCGAUAUCCCAACCCAGCACAAGGCUCUGGUCUACGACAACCCGGGCAGUAUUUCCACAAAGAUCCAAUAUGUCGACACGCCCAGACCCGGGGUUGGCGAGGUUCUCGUCAAGCUGACGCACUCCGGACUGUGUCACAGUGACAUGGCCAUCAUGACGAAUCGAUGGACCGCGAGGAUCGAGCCGACGCCCAAGGGCCAAAUCGGCGGACACGAAGGCGUGGGCGAGAUUGUGGCCUUUGGCCCUGGUGCGGAAGACCAGAUAUCAGGCCUAAAGUUGGGAUCUCGAGUAGGGAUCAAGUGGAUGGCGUACGCAUGUUGCAAUUGCAUCAUCUGUCUGGCCGGUCUUGACUCGUACUUAUCGAUUCAUUGCUCGGGGGCAUAUGUGUGUUGGCAGGGCCUGCGCGAGGCUGAGUUCCGUAAGGUAUCUAGUACUGACAACGUCGUCGACAGGUACUUCUACCCUGGCACCUUCCAGCAAUAUGCCAUUGCCCCUGCGCAUUAUGUCACCCCCAUCCCCGACGGCGUCCCCAGCGACAUGGCAGCACCGUUGCUCUGCGCAGGCUUGACGGUAUACUCUGCCCUGCGAAAGGCGGGGGCUGAGCCAGGAGACCCUGUCUUGAUCCUGGGUUCUGGCGGAGGACUAGGCCACCUGGCUCUCCAGAUAGGCUCUAACGGCAUGGGGUACCGGAUGAUGGGCGUCGACAUGGGUGACAAGGAGACCAUUUCCCGCGAAUGUGGAGCCGAAGACUUCUUUGACCUGGCCAAGUACGGCCAGGGUGGUGAAGAAACGCUGGCCAGCGACGUAAAGGCCGCAACUGGAGGACGAGGAGUUGCGGCGGUCAUCGUGUGUACGGGCCACAAUGCUGCCUACGCCCAAGCUCUGUCCCUCGUGAGAAUCGGCGGCACUGUGGUCUGUGUUGGGAUCCCAGAAGGCGGAGAAGUGGCCAUGCCGAAUGCCACGCCGUCUCAAUUCAUCUACUUGAACGCGAAGGUCGUGGGUAGUUCGGUAGGCAAUCGUCUGGAGGCGAUUCAGCUCAUGGAGCUAGCUGCGAGAGGCAAAGUCAAGACACAUUUUCAAACCAAGAAGUUGGAAGAUGCCGCCGAGGUGUUUGAACUCAUGGACAAGAAUCACCUGCGAGGAAGAAUAGUGUUUGACCUACAUGCUUGA